AUGCCCGCCUCAACUCCCACGACAGUUGGGCAGUGCGCCCCCUCAUCCCCCAGUGCGCCCCCUCAUCCCCCUGUGCGCCCCCUCAUCCCCCUGUGCGCCCCCUCAUCCCCCAGUGCGCCCCCUCAUCCCCCAGUGCGCCCCCUCAUCCCCCAGUGCGCCCCCUCAUCCCCCAGUGCGCCCCCUCAUCCCCCAGUGCGCCCCCUCAUCCCCCAGUGCGCCCCCUCAUCCCCCAGUGCGCCCCCUCAUCCCCCAGUGCGCCCCCUCACCCCCCAGUGCGCCCCCUCACCCCCCUGUGCGCCCCCUAACCCCCCUGUGCGCCCCCUCAUCCCCCAGUGCGCCCCCUCAUCCCCCAGUGCGCCCCCUAUCCCCCAGUGCGCCCCCUCACCCCCCUGUGCGCCCCCUCACCCCCCAGUGCUCCCCUUCAUCCCCCUGUGCGCCCCCUCAUCCCCCAGUGCGCCCCCUCAUCCCCCAGUGCGCCCCCUCACCCCCCUGUGCACCCCCUCACCCCCCAGUGCUCCCCUUCAUCCCCCAGUGCGCCCCCUCAUCCCCCUGUGCGCCCCCUCAUCCCCCUGUGCGCCCCCUCACCCCCCAGUGCGCCCCCUCAUCCCCCUGUGCGCCCCCUCAUUCCCCUGUGCGCCCCCUCAUCCCCCUGUGCGCCCCCUCAUCCCCCUGUGCGCCCCCUCAUCCCCCUGUGCGCCCCCUCAUCCCCCAGUGCGCCCCCUCAUCCCCCAGUGCGCCCCCUCAUCCCCCAGUGCGCCCCCUCAUCCCCCAGUGCGCCCCCUCAUCCCCCAGUGCGCCCCCUCAUCCCCCAGUGCGCCCCCUCAUCCCCCAGUGCGCCCCGUCACCCCCCAGUGCGCCCCCUCACCCCCCAGUGCGCCCCCUCACCCCCCUGUGCGCCCCCUAACCCCCCUGUGCGCCCCCUCAUCCCCCAGUGCGCCCCCUCAUCCCAGUGCGCCCCCUCAUCCCCCAGUGCGCCCCCUCAUCCCCCAGUGCGCCCCCUCACCCCCCUGUGCGCCCCCUCACCCCCCAGUGCUCUCCUUCAUCCCCCUGUGCGCCCCCUCAUCCCCCAUUCCUCCCCCUCAUCCCCCAGUGCGCCCCCUCACCCCCCUGUGCGCCCCCUCACCCCCCAGUGCUCCCCUUCAUCCCCCAGUGCGCCCCCUCAUCCCCCUGUGCGCCCCCUCAUCCCCCUGUGCGCCCCCUCACCCCCCAGUGCGCCCCCUCAUCCCCCUGUGCGCCCCCUCAUCCCCCUGUGCGCCCCCUCAUCCCCCUGUGCGCCCCCUCAUCUCCCUGUGCGCCCCCUCAUCCCCCUGUGCGCCCCCUCAUCCCCCUGUGCGCCCCCUCAUCCCCCUGUGCGCCCCCUCAUCCCCCUGUGCGCCCCCUCAUCCCCCUGUGCGCCCCCUCACCCCCCAGUGCGCCCCCUCACCCCCCAGUGUGCCCCCUCACCCCCCAGUGCGCCCCAUAACCCCCCUGUGCGCCCCCUCAUCCCCCAGUGCGCCCCCUCAUCCCCCAGUGCGCCCCUUCACCCCCCUGUGCGCCCCCUUACCCCCCAGUGCGCCCCCUCAUCCCCCUGUGCGCCCCCUCAUCCCCCUGUGCGCCCCCUCAUCCCCCUGUGCGCCCCCUCAUCCCCCUGUGCGCCCCCUCAUCCCCCAGUGCGCCCCCUCACCCCCCUGUGCGCCCCCUCACCCUCCAGUGCGCCCCUUCAUCCCUCAGUGCGCCCCUUCAUCCCUCAGUGCGCCCCUUCAUCCCCCAGUGCGCCCCUUCAUCCCCCAGUGCGCCCCUUCAUCCCCCAGUGCGCCCCUUCGCCUCCCAUCCAUUUGCCCCCCUCUCUCCCCAGUGCCCGCCUUGCUUCUCAGUGCGUGGUAA